AUGGAUAUUGAAAAGGGCGAAGCGGAUGAAGUAAAAGAUGAGGGAAAAGAUGAGGGAAAAAAUGAAGUAAAAAAUGAAGUAAAAGAUGAAGUAAAAGAUGAAGUAAAAGAUGAAACCUCCAAAAGCGAAAAAAAAGACGAUCAAGGAGUGUCGUCAAAAGGGGAAAAGGUGUUAAAUUAUAUUGAAAAAAAAAUAGAUGAACAAUUAAAUAUUGUAAAAAAUAAUAAUAAUGUUAUAAUGGCAUUGGAAAGUAAAAUAGAAUCAAAUAUUGGUCAUUCAAAUAGCAUAAGCCAAAUUGAAGGACAUGCAAUUUUUGAUGGAAAAAAUACAAAAUCCGAAACUGUCGAAAAAAUAAAUAAGUCAGGGAAUGAAGAUAAUAAUUUUGUAGAUACAUGGAAAAUGAUGAAUUAUUUUAUCUUAGAAAAUGAGACAGAAAAUCAGGAAAAAGUGAUAAAAGAAAAAAUGUGUGAUAAUAAACAAAUCGAAAAAGAAAAAGAUUUAAAAAAAAAAAAAAAAAAAAUGGUAAUAAAUGUUAUAGACAAAUAUUUUGUUCAAAUUCCAUUAAAAUCUAUAAUGAACGUAUUUCGAAAUAUUCAAAAAGAAAUGGAAAAAAAUUUUACAAUAAUAACAUUAUUUAUAGAAAAAAAAUUAUUAAAUUUAAAUGAAAAAAUGCAAUUAACUAAAAUAAAUACGAUAAUUGAAAAGUUAAAUGCGUUAAAAAAAAAAGUUAUAAAUUCAAAAAAAAUGGUUAGUCAGGUUAUAAAAAAACUUCAUAGUAGAUUAGAAUAUAUAUAUGAGGAGGAAGAUAUACAAGUCGAAAGUUUAAAACGAAAUUUUAAUUUUGAUUCUUAUGAUAAAAGAAUAAAUUGGCUAAUUGAUGGUUAUUUUUGUAGAUAUGGUUUUUUUAAUACUAGUGAAAUAUUUUGUAAAAGAUAUCAAUUAGACAAUUAUUCAGAUGCAUAUAUAUAUAAAGAAUAUCUUUUAAUAUUAAAAGAAUUAAGAAUGUAUAAUAUUCAACCUGGGUUAGAAUGGUGUCAAAAAUAUAAAUCUCAAUUAAAAAAAAUGAAUUCAAAUAUUGAAUCUGAAUUACAUCUACAACAUGUUAUUUAUUUAAUUUUUGAAAAUAAAUAUUUUGAAGCUUUGGAAUAUUUAAAACGUUUUGUUAUUUUUGGAAAUGAUAAAUUUAUAUCAGAUGAUGUCAAAUUUGUAAUAACUUAUAUAAAUGUUAAUUAUACUGAUAUUGAAAAAUUAAAUCAAUUUAAUAAAAAAAGAUGGAAAAAAAUAUUAAAAAUAUUUAAGCUAGCUUAUUCAGAUAUUAUAGGAACUAUGAAUAAACCUUUAUUAGAAUUUUUACUAAAAUCUGGAAUAUCAGUUAUAAAAACAGAUCAAUGUGAAAAAAAUAAAAAAAAAUCAACAAAUUGUCCAACAUGUAUAGAUGAAUUAAAACCUGUUAUAUCUCAAAUUCCUAACAUUCCAAAAACAAAAAGCUUUUUAUUAUGUCCUUAUACUAAUCAAAUUAUGGAUGAAAAUAACCCUCCUUUUACUACACCCACUGGUCAUGUAUUUUCUGAAAAAGCUAUAUCUAUGUUUCUUAAGCCUGAUGAUCUUUUUAUUUGUCCUCAUACGCAUGAGCGAUACAGGCUUGAUGACUUUUCGCGUCUCUUCAUUUGA